AUUGUAUUGUAUUUUGCCAUUUAAAUAACCCGAUUCUCUACAAAAUUCAAAUUAUCAAUAUGCAUUUUUAUAUUUGAUAUAAGUUAAUGAGCAUAAAAUUUAAAUCUAUGAACUGUGGUCAAAACAACAGGGUUUGAUUUUCUAUAACUAAUCAUCUCCAUAGUAACCAUAACCGUACAUAUAAACAUAUAUGGACUUCAAAUAAAAUCAUAGUGCAUUAAUUCUGAAACAUGUUUAUUUAUUUGAGCAAGAAGAUUGCAAUACCCAAUCAAACAAAAAUAAAUUCUUUAGCUUGGAAUAAAGAAGAUGGUUACAUUGCAGUUGGAGGAGAAGAAGGCCUUCUUAAAGUAUUUAAACUUGAUGGUGCUUCCGAAUAUGACACUAACAAAAACAAAGGUCUAUCGGUAACUAGCAACUUAUCUCUGAAUCAAACUUUAGAAGGGCAUAAUGAGUCUAUUAAAGUUCUUGUCUGGAAUGAAUCUCAAAAGAAAUUAACAACAAGUGAUAACAGUGGUGUCAUAAUUGUUUGGAUGAUGUAUAAAGGUUCAUGGUAUGAAGAAAUGAUCAACAAUAGAAAAAAGUCAACAGUUGCAGGAAUGUCAUGGAGCUCAGAUGGAUUAAAAAUAUGUAUCAUUUAUGAAGAUGGAGCUGUUAUUGUGGGAUCAGUAGAUGGAAAUAAAAUUUGGGGAAAAGAAUUGAAAUCGGUUGCUUUAUGUUGUGUUCAGUGGUCACCAGAUGGUAAACUGUUGUUGUUUGGCUUAAAAACAGGGGAAGUCCAAGUUUAUGAUAAUCAAGGAUCCUUCAUAAAAAAAUUGGUAAUACAUUGUUUAGACAGCCCAGAUGAAGAGGUUCCUAUAGCUUGUAUUGAUUGGUACAGUGGAAAACAUGGAUACAUUAAUUAUUUCUGUCCAAAUUUAGCUAUUAGUUAUGAAAAUGGAAGAGUACAGUUGAUGUAUAACGAAAGUGGAUCAUCAGAAUCUUCUAUUUCUCUAAAUACUGGAAUGGCUAUCGUUCACUGUAGUUGGAAUCAUAAUGGAUCAUUGAUAGCUAUUACAGGAAAGCAAAUGAUAGAGGAAAAGUUCGCAAAUCUUGUGCAAUUCUAUAAUCCUUUCGGAGAGCAUUUAAGAACCUUGAAAGUACCUGGAAUGUCAAUCUCAUCAUGUGUUUGGGAAGGAGGAUCUUUAAGAGUUGCAUUAGCAGUUGACUCUUCAAUUUAUUUUGCAAAUAUACGACCUGAUUACAAAUGGUGCUGUUUCAAAAACACUUUGGUGUAUACAUCGUGUAAGAUGCAAAAGCCUGGCAUGUACCUCACGUUUUGGGAUAUUGCCAAUGAUCAGGUUCAUAAUCAGCAUAUAUCAGCUUUGUUAGCUAUUGCUGGUUGCGAAGAUCAUUGUGUCAUUUCGGUGCCGUCUGACUCUGCUGAAGAGACUGGUGGAAAAUAUGGUUUAAUACUAUGCAAUACGGUUGGCACACCUGUAGACGGCAAAUAUGUUAAUAUCGAAACGAUAUUUGUUGCAAUGAGUUCAACAUUUGUUGCAGCUGCUUCUAAAGAUAAUUUCUUAAUUUGGCAAUAUAAAACGCCUAAAUCUAUUGGAGUGGAAGCUAAUAAAAUGAAGUCAUUGAUUUUCCACAUUGACGAUACACCUUUGGGUACAACGAAUAUAAUUCAAGACUUGGACGACACAGAACUUAUUCAAACAACAAGAACCCAUACAAGUUUUGAUCCAAUUUGCUGUAUAGCUUGUUCGAAUAAAUGUUUAUUAAUUGGUAGAGAAAGUGGUACCAUACAAUAUUACGCUCUACCACAUAUUGUUUUAACAAAAAGGUAUAAGGUACAAGCGAGGCCUCAUAAAAUUGCUAUUAAUUGUAGUUCAACGAAAAUGUCCGUUAUAGAUGUAGGUGGAGUGUUAUCGAUAAUAGAUAUUUCUGAUGGAUUGGGACGACCAACUGUACCGACUGAAAGUAACAAGUUUGAGAGAAAAGAUGUUUGGUCCAUGUGUUGGGCUUCUGAUAACCCUCAACUGCUUGCAAUAAUGGAAAAGACACGGAUGUAUAUAUUCAAAGGGAAUUCACCAGAAGAGCCUAUAGCUUCUUCAGGCUACAUUUACAGUUUUAAUGACCUGGAAGUUCAAUCGGUUCUUCUCGACGAAAUAAUGAAAAGUCCUGAAAAGCCAACUAAAAACAGUCUGAUAAAGGUGGAAGUAAAAAGUUUGAGAGACACCAGAAUACUGUUGGAGAAAGUUGGUUUGACUGAAACUGAGAGCUUCAUCGAGGAUAAUCAACAUCCCAGACUUUGGCGCCUACUAGGUGAAGCUGCUCUUAAAACAAUGAACUUGGAGAUGGCAUCAAAUGCUUUCAUCAGAUCAAAAAAUUACGCCAGAGUCUUAUUUGUGAAAAAGUUAUCAGAGUUCAAUAACACAACAAUAAACAAAGGCAAGAUUGCUUCUUAUUUCAAGAACUUUGAUGAAGCUGAAAAAAUAUUUAUGGAAGCUGAUAGAAGCGAUCUUGCUCUCGAUCUUCGACAAAUGUUGGGAGACUGGUUUCGAGUGAUUCAAAUAUUGAAAAAUGGAGCCACUGCUUCAGAUAAGGUUCUGGAGGGUGCUUACGAAGCAACAGCAUUCUUCUUCAAAGACUCCAACAAUUAUGCUGCAGCAGCCGAAUAUUUUGAGCUUGCAAAAAAUACAAAGGAAGUUAUCGAAUGCUAUUAUUUUCUGGAGGAUUAUGAUAAAUUGGCUUCAUAUAUUGAAAUGCUACCCGAAGGAGAUCCUUCAUUAAAAAGAAUAGGAGAUAUGUUUGCCAUGCAUGCAGUUCAUUCUGAAGCUGUAAAAGCAUAUAUUAAAUUUGGUGACAUCAAAGCAGCCAUUGAUUUAUGUGUACUGCAUAAUCGAUGGGACACAGCAAUCGAUUUGGCGAAAAAAUAUAACAUUUUGAAGAUAUCGGAAUAUUUCACGAAAUACACAGAACAUUUGAUAGAACAGAACAAAGUUUAUCAAGCUAUUGACGUUAAUGUUCAAGCCAAAUUCUACCUUCAAGCAUCUAUCCACGCUUUUCAGUUUGCACAUAAGAUAGCAAAAAAACCCGGAAUAUCGUUGAGAGAUAAAAAAAAACACUUUGUGUAUGGUGCAAAACUAUUAGAAUUACAUGGCAGGCAUCCGAACCCUGUGGAAAUGUCGUCAAGUGAUACCGAAAUCUUUUUCAACCAAUGGAGGGGCGCAGAAGCUUAUCAUUAUUUCAUGUUGGCUCAAGAACAAUUAUACAAUGGAAAGCUACAUGAUUCUCUCUGCACUAUAUACAGAUUACAAGAUUACGACGAUUACAUUAGCCUCACAGAAAUUUACUCACUCUACGCAUUUAUAGCUUGUCUCAACAGGGCCUUUGGAUUGUGUUCGAGAGCUUUUAUCAAGUUGAAAAAAGGAGACCACACAAUGUCAACUGCUGAAUGUAACGAAUACAAUAAAUUAUCGUGGGAAAUAUUUCUUAAAAAUGAAGCCAAUGAUCUGAGGGUUCAAAAAGUACAGUGCUUUAAAUGUAAAAACCUAAUUCCCUAUUGGAGUACAUCAUGUUCGAAUUGUCAAGAAAAAUUUCCAACUUGUAUGGCUUCAGGUAAACCCUUAAUUGAAGGCCAAAAUACCUGGGAAUGUCCAGAAUGUUUUCACAAAGCCUCAACACACUUAAUGAAUUUCAUAAAAAAUUGUCCUUUAUGUCAUACUUCUAUAGAAUAAAUUAUUUCUUUUCUCUUCA